CAGCAGACUUCCUGGUUUGCAGGAGGCAGGCAGGGUGAGAAGCAGCUGCAGCAGCCAGGAACCCCAGAGCCAUGGGGCGCGGGAGGGACGCCAUCCUGGAGGCACUGGAGAACCUGACUGCCGAUGAGCUCAAGAAGUUCAAGUUGAAGCUGCUAUCAGUCCCACUGCGUGAUGGGUAUGGGCGCAUACCAAGGGGGACGCUGAUGCCCAUGGAUGCAGUGGACCUCACUGACAAGCUCGUUAGCUUCUAUCUGGAAGCAUAUGGCACAGAGCUCACGGCGGCUGUGCUUCGUGACAUGGGCAUGCAGGAGAUGGCAGAGCAGCUGCAGGAGGCCAUGCCCAAGGGUUCUGGAUCUGUGCCAGCUGGAAUCAAGGGCCCUCCUCAGGUAGCAGCCAAGGCAGCACACUUUGUGGACCAACACCGAGCAGCACUCAUCAAUCGGGUUACAAACGUCGAUGGGGUGCUGGACGCCCUGUAUGGCAAGGUCCUGACUGAGGAACAAUACCAGGCAGUGCGGGCAGAGACCACCAACCCAACAAAGAUGAGGAAGCUUUUCAGCUUUGCUCCAGCCUGGAACCUGACGUGCAAGGAUCUACUCCUUCAGGCCCUGAGGGAUACCCAGCCCUACCUGGUGGCCGACUUGGAGCAGAGCUGAGGCAUCUUUCCCAUCAACCCAUUGCAGCUCCAGCUCCCGCCAAGUCAUCCCAAAUUUCUUAAUUUUUGAUACACAAUAUACAAAAACAAAAAACAAAAAACCAA